AUGGGUAAUGUUCUUGUACUAGAUCUCUCCAUCAGAGUGCUCAAAAACCUCCUCGACUUCAUAUUACGUGAGUUCGGGAAGUACCAGUUAUACCAGUGCAUCCUAUUGAUGCUAACAGCAUUUACUACAGGGAUGCAUACAUUGUCAAUUGUCCCUAUCAAUGGAAUACCUAAUCACAGAUGUCAAGUGCCAUGGCUCGAAAAUGGUACAAACCUAGCCUGGGACUCACCAACUGCACUGGCUGCGAUCCCUUUGAACCCCGACGGCACAUACAGCUCCUGCCUCCUCAUCAACCCAACCACUAAUCUUACUGAGGCUUGUGACAAAUGGGUCUAUGAUAGGACACAUUUUAAGGAUACAAGAACUGUAGAGUGGGACCUGGUCUGUGACAAGAAGUGGCUUGGAGCCUUGUCUAAAUCUUUCUUCAUGUUAGGUGUCUUUAUUGGUUCAUUCACUGUGGGGUAUUUUGCAGACAAAUAUGGACGUAAAAAGGCGCAGUGUUGGACACAAACCAUACAGCUCAUCAUUAGUAUUGGUAUUGCAUUCGUCAAUAACUACUAUGCAUACCUGGUUGCAUCAUUUAUCUACGGCAUGUUUGGGUCAGCUGGUUCGUAUAUACCAGCCUUUGUCAUUGCAAUGGAGUUGGUGGGACCAUCGAAGAGAACAUCAUGUGGCCUGGUAUUUACUGUUAUGUUUGCAACUGGUGUUAUGUUAGUUGCGUUAUGGGCUUACUUCAUCCCUAGCUAUGUCACACUUCAGGUUGUCAUUGGGUUACAUGUAGUUCCCACCCUCAGUCUCUGGUGGUUGAUUGAUGAAUCUCCACGGUGGCUUUGGUCUCAAGGAAGGAUAGCAGAGAGUGUUAACAUAGUGGCUAAAGCAGUUAAAUUCAAUGGAGGUGACAAAGUCGACAGAGCUUACUAUGUAUCAAAAGGUCAAGCACAAACAUCGACCACUGAAACAGCUUCAGCAGGAGGCUUCGUUGACUUAUUCAGGACACCAAGGCUUAGGAAGAGGAUGAUUACCCUAUCGUAUACUUGGUUUGCAGACAGUAUCGCCUAUUAUGGUCUAUCUCUUGCUAGUGACAAUAUGGUUGGGAAUCCCUAUUUUAUUCUCUUUGUCUUGGGAAUGGUUGAAAUUCCAAGUUGUAUAUUGGUGAUCUUACUGCUGGAUAGAACUGGCAGAAGAUCACUCACCAGCAUAAUGUUGUUACUCGGAGGUGUAUCGUGUACAGUGGUCGCUUUCAUUCCAAAAGACAUGUCCAAUGUUAUUACUGCUGUAGCCUGUCUUGGAAAGUUUUGUGUAUCUGGAGGUUUUUCCAUAGUUUUCAAUUACAGCGCAGAACUUCUUCCGACAGUGGUUAGAAAUUGUGGAAUUGGUUUUUGUUCGGCCUGUGCCAGACUCGCUGCUAUACUCUGCCCACUCAUAUUGCUUUUAGAUUCUGUUGAUAGGAGUUUGCCUACAAUAACGUUUGCUUUGGCUGCAUUCACUUCUGGGUUCUUCACAUUGUUUCUCCCCGAAACCCUCAACAAAGCAAUGCCUGAAUCAAUGGAAGAUGGGGAAAACUUCGGUGCUGGAGAUACAGCAUUCAAUGCUUGUUUCUCAAAGAAAAGAACAGAAGACUAUGAGCUCGCAAACUCAAAAUAAACAGUAUUCGACAAUGUGAAAACAUUUAUAAAACUAUAAAUGAACUAUAUUGAUAAAAUUAUGUAAAUAUGUGCAUACAUUUUUAAUGUAUAAAAAAGUUUAUUUAUGAUUGUUAAUACCAUACAUUCUAAAGAACUUUGAAAACUUAGAAAUCUAAUUAGAUCUCCUAUUGUUUUUUAAAAUAUUUAUGUUUUUAUUUUGUGAAUAUAUGAAAUUAUUUAUUAGAGUGUAUUGUAUACUAUAUAAUUUCCCAUUCAAUAUUGAUUGAAUGCAUAAUAAAAAGACAAAAUAUUUUAAAUACCUGUUUUGGUUUGUAUUUCUGAAUAUACCUGAGGCC